CAUAAAUAACAUGUGAGCAGUUUCUGAAACUGAAUUUUAAAACUGGCAGCUCUUUUUUUUUUUUUUUUAAUUUUAAUCAUCCCUUUGUGUUUUUUGCAAAAUCUCUCCUUGUACGAAUUUCCUUACAGCUAUUAUUUUACUUUUUGUUUUUUAGGGCUGCACCUGCAGCAUAUGGAGGUUCCCAGGCUAGGGGCUGAAUUGGAGUUACAGCCGCCGGCCUACACCACAGCCACGACAACAUCAGAUCCAAGCCACGUCUGCGAUCUAUACCACAGCUCAAGGCAACGCCUGAUCCUUAACGCGCUGAUGGAGACCAGGGAUCAAACCUGCAUCCUCAUGGAUACUAGUCCUAUACAUUUCUGCUGAGAGUCACGAUGGGAACUCCCCUUACAGCUAUUCUUAUUUCCUGAUGUAGAUUAUUUUUUUUUUUCCUUCCAGGGAAGGGAAGUCAAUACAACCUCUUUUCUAGGAAGGAGGUUGUUGGUCUGAUCUUGAGUGGUGUGAGAAGACCGUUUUGAUCCAAACCAGGUGCCUAGGCUGGGUCAUUUCCAACCCGGGUCAAACAAUUGAUCACAGGAUGUUUUUCUGGUUUAUGUGCUAUCUUGUGGUUGUGUGGCUGAUUUCUGCCUCAGAUGCCCAGAGCUGCCCAGAACUCCCUGCAGUAGACAAUAGCAUCUUUGUUGCAAAGGAGGGGGAAGGACAAAUUCUUGGGACUUAUUUCUGUAUUAAUGGCUACCACCUGGUAGGAGAGAAAACCCUUUUUUGUAAUUCCUCGCAGGAGUGGAAUGCCCCCGCCCCUGAGUGCCGUUUGGGCCACUGUCCUGAUCCUGUGCUGGGGAAUGGUGAGUUCAGUCACUUGGAAACUGUGAAUGUGAAUGACACAAUCACGUUUAAGUGCAAUGAGCAUUACAUCCUCAAGGGCAGCAAUUGGAGCCGGUGCCGAGAGGACCACACCUGGGUGCCUCCCUUUCCCAUCUGUAAAAGCAAAGACUGUGGCCCUCCUGAGAAUCCAAUUCAUGGCUAUUUUGAAGGAAUCGAUUUCAACUCAGGGUCUACCAUUACUUAUUACUGUAAAGCGAGGUACCGCCUGGUGGGCACACAGCACCAACAGUGCAUUGAUGGGGAGUGGAGUGGUGCAAUUCCAGUCUGUGAGCUGAUCCCAGAAGCUCCCAAGACAGCUUUGCAGAUUGAGUUUGAGAAGGCCCUUCUUGCCUUUCAGGAAAGUGAGGAACUGUGCAAAGCCACUGAGAACUUUAUGCAAAGAUUAAAGAAAAGUGGCUUAACGAUGGAGGAACUGAAAUAUUCUCUGGAAAUAAAGAAAGCUGAACUAAAGGCAAAAAUGUUGCUCUGACAUUGUAGUUUGAAUAAUCUGGGUCAUAGAAAUACUCUGAUGAAUAAAAUUUCCUCUUGGUUCUGAAA